GAGAGAGAGAGAAAGAGAGAGAGAGAGAGAGAGGGAGAGGGAGAGAGAGAGAGAGGGAGAGGGAGAGAGAGGACAGGCAAAGAACCAGAGCCAGCAUUAUAGAGAGGGAGAGCACGAACACUCAACAAGAUAACAGGAGAUACACGUGGAAACAGCAGCCCACAGGAAGAGCAGAGAUAGAGACAGAGCAGGCGAGUCGGUGUGCAAAACAAACGUGUCAGAGCCUGUGGGUCUGUCUGUGUGUGUGUGUGUGUGUGUGUGUGUGUGUGUGUGUGUGUGUGUGUGAGAGAGAGCUCAGUGUGUUUCCACGGUUCUCCUGAGGCCGUGGCAGCCAUGGCGUCAGAGCCUAGCACCCAGUCCAGGGUGAUGUUCCAGGCAAUGGACAAAACAGAGGAGCCGGCGCACCGCAAGCUGGGCAAGCUGACGGUCAAAUACAACCGCAAGGACCUGCAGAGGAGGCUGGAUAUCGAGGAGUGGAUCGACGGGCAGCUGCACCUGCUGUUUGACUGUGAGGAGGAAGAGAUUCCAGAGUUAGAGAUUGACAUAGAUGAGCUCCUGGAGCUGACAGAUGAGGGGCAGAGAACCCGGCUGCAGGAGUUGUUGCAGGAAUGCGGAAAGCCAAAAGAGGAUUUUAUCAACGGGCUGCUCUACAGGAUAAAGGGUCUACGCAAAAUGUCAGGUCCCUUGAAGAAAUAAUUGUAGGUCAAAUAAAGAAUUGAGACAAUGUGGAGCCCCUUAACUUCCCAUCUCCCAUGCGUUAACUGUUUGGAUGCCUGUAUGUGCGCAUUCACAUGUCUGUGGGACUCUCUUUCUGCCCUCUGCCCCCUCCCUGGAUCAGCAUCAGUCUAAAACCAGAGCAGUCGGUUUUGAAUGGAAUGAUUUUUUAUUAUUUCACUUUAAUUUAUGGACUGCUAUAACAUUUUGUCCCCCAUAAACAUACCAAUAAUGCACAUGUGAUAAAAGUUGUAUUGACUAUUACUCAGAUGGACUGUUUUUUGUGUAAGACUGUACAUUUUCGGUUGCCUAUGUAUGUACAUAAAUAUUUUUGUUCUGAUAGCAGUGUUGUAUGUUGAAAUAAAAUUGAACAUUUUCAAGACAA